AUGAAUCCUUCGUUGAAAUUUAUAGUAUCAUCUUCAUGGGGUCUUGAUUAUCCAGCUAAUUGUUCAAAUCUUCUUUCAGAUUAUAUUUAUAUUAAUCAAAACGAUUCAUUUAAACAAGAUUGUUUUUUAUCAUGUUCAUCUCUUUGUUUAUGUGUAAUUCAUGGUCAUGGUACAACAAAAAUAUUUGACGAAGGAUACGUUAAUUGGUUAAAAGAUGAUCUUCUUAUUAUUCCAUAUCAAAUACAACCAUUAGAUAUCAGAAAAAUUUUUGUUUUAAUAAUAAUCUUUCGAGAAAAUGUCUUAAAAACUAAAGUAGAAAAUAUUCAAGAAAAAUACAUUGAUUGGAGAGAAUUUAGAUGA